GGCUGAUAAUUGAGAAAACGAGUUGUUCAAUUAAGCUCCUCGUGUUGUAUUAGCGUGGGCGUUGUGAGCAGUGGGAGAUAACUUACUCGCAGAUCGUAUCGGAUCAAUCUGCGUACAAUAGCGCGUUGAGCGUUGGUGGUGGGUGAUGCGAUCUGAGGCGGCGUUGGAUGGGGCCGGGCCGAAGGAGCGGAUCAGGGGGGAAAGCCUUGGCUACGCUAAACCCCCCUUAGAUCAUGCAGUGAAUUGCUUCGAUCGUGAGAAGGAAGGCCAGAACGUUGGCCACGCACGUUCAGUCCAAAACGGGAACGAAUACUUGCCAUUGCUCUGCAUGCAGAAUCAGGCAUGCGUGAGCGGGGCAUUGUUAUGUAUCACCAAGAAAUCGCAUGGAUCCGACAGAAGUGAGACAUGUUGCUGCCAAUUCUGGACGAGUCCGAUGGACGACAACGAUGCAUGUUGUACACGAGAAACCGUCCGAAAUAGGAAGAAUGUAAGAUUUGAAGACAUUGCCCCUUUUGUAUGCAUCGCAGUGAUGCAAAAAUCCUCUCGAAAUGGCAUGUACAUCCUUGAACUAUUGGGACCGCACAUUCUACUCCUGGGUCAAGAUAUGCAAGAUGUCAACAAGAAUUGCAUCGGAAGAAAGUUACAAAUGCUGAAGCAACUACCGAAUUGGUAUCUUCCAAUGCGUAAUUAAAGUGAGCGAUGAAUACAUAUGUACAUUCGUACCCUUGAAGAAGUCCAAGACCAUGAAGAAAAUCGAGGGCUCUUCCGGAGAGAUCAUGCCACCUUCCCUUGAAUGAUCAAGAACUUCGAUGGGCCCAGAGCGAGUGCUAUGGUCUUGUCUAUGCUAUGAGGAAAUA